CACCCAACGUGUACAACAACAUGUGUUCUUGGUGAAACCAGGCCCAUGUACAUCUAUUAGCAUACGCAUCUUGCCUACUCUUUGUCGCUAGGGCUUGAUUUUCGCCGACGUGUCCUGCGUCCGGGUCCUUUUGUAAUACCAAUACCCUCACCUCAUUCAAACCACGAGAUGCGUUGAAGCAAAAAUCGGAUCAAAAAGCCUCAUCAACCUGCUCUAAAUCUGUUUCGACGACCAAAAGCCGAGUCAUGAACCAAAAUCCCAAUGAUCACUGGCGUGGUCCAGGAGGUCCUACUCAGAAUGACCCGCAAAGCAGACCCUUUCCGAGCUAUGGCGGCAAUGGCCCUGCCCAACCACCGCCUCAUGUUUUACCUCCUCCUCCCUCGUACCAUCAACACCACUCUCAACCCUCCUCGAGCCACAGCCUUUCGAUCGCGGACUUGACUCAAGGACCGCCCAGUCAUUCUCAGCAACACCAGUAUAAUACCCAACCCCCUCCGCCGCAGUCUCAAGGUCAUCCGAUGGGCCCUCUGGGUCACCCGAUGACACAACAUUCACCUCAAUAUCUCAGCCGAGACAGAGACAUGCGAGAUCCUCGUGAGCGGGAUUUGCAUGAAAUGAGAGAACGAGAACGAGAGAUGCAAAGACAGAGAGAUGAAAUGAUCCUGCGCGAUCGCGAACGGGAACAAAUGGAGCGCAUGCAUUCCGAGCAACGGGGUCCUGUUCAGAGCCAUGCGGGAUCAAUCCCGAUUCAUCAGCCCGUGGCCUCAAAGGUACAAAACUCGAUACACGGUCCGAAUGGUCUGCUCGCGAACGGCGGUGCUGGUGCAGUACAGCACAACUUACCUCCUGUGACCGGUGGAGGCAGUCUCUUUGGUGGGGCUUCCCAGCAUGAAUCGCAGAGACCUUCUCAGUACAUGCAUCAACAAGGCGCAGGACCUCCUCAGCAGCAAGCGCAAUCUUUCAUGCCUGGACCGUCCCCAAUGACUGCUCCUGCGCAGCUCGCUCACGGUCAGCAGCCGAUUUUGAACGAUGCGCUGAGCUACCUUGACCAAGUGAAGAUGCGCUUCAAUGAACAGCCCGAUGUUUACAAUCGCUUUCUAGACAUCAUGAAAGAUUUCAAGAGCCAGGCAAUUGACACACCGGGCGUCAUUGAACGUGUUUCCAAUCUCUUCAAUGGUCACCCAGCUCUGAUUCAGGGCUUCAAUACUUUUCUCCCUCCUGGAUAUCGCAUUGAAUGUGGGACGGACGACAAUCCGGAUGCUAUUAGAGUCACUACACCUAGUGGAACAAUGACUCAAUCGCUUCAGAGCAGAGGCCGUACGCAUUUUGAACCCGCAGGAGUUGCUCAGGUUGCUCAAUCUGCAUCAGGUCGACAAGAUGGUUUUGAAAAUCGACAUACCUGGGGACAGCCUUUGGGGGCUUCGCCGGGUGCCAGGUCCGCCGAGCUGGCGCCUUUCAAAAAUGCACCAGGCGAGAGACCAGCCGAGGAAGCCGUCAAUGCUAUGAGUCAACAAGAUCAACGUGGUGUCUCGACACUUCAAAGUGCAGUCACUGCCGUGACCAAUGGAUCUGCAAGACCGUCUUUAGCAGUUUCACCGGGACCCGGACAGACUGCUUCAUAUAAUCAACAAACUGGUUCUUUUGGUGGCAAUGCUUCCUUGGCUGAUGUGAAGCAGCGGGGUGGUCCAGUCGAAUUCAAUCACGCUAUCAGUUAUGUGAAUAAGAUCAAGAACCGGUUUGCGCAACAACCUGAGAUCUACAAGCAGUUCCUCGAGAUUCUGCAGACAUAUCAGCGAGAAUCCAAACCUAUCCAGGAUGUGUAUGCUCAGGUGACCCAAUUAUUCUUAUCAGCCCCAGAUCUUCUUGAAGACUUCAAACAAUUUUUGCCCGAAUCGGCAGCCCACGGCAAAGCACAGGCUUCUAGAGCCAUGGCUCAAGAGGAGCAGGCCAGCAAUGCCCGAAGUGACGCAGGCUAUACCGCUGGUACCCUACCCCAGGCGCAAACACCUCGGCCUCCUUCGAAGAUGCCACCCAUGGGCCAAUUCGACCCCCCCAGCACCAGCAAAGACACCAAAAAGCGUCGUGGCGGACCGGGAGCUACCCUCACAAACCAAGCCCCGACACAGUUGGCUGCUGAAGCAGGUAUUCAGCAAGGAGGACGAAGUGGCCUUGUUCAAGUCGGCAAUGCUAACAAGCGCCCCAAACUAUCAAAUCAACGCCAGCCUCCUGCCGAGACGCUGCUGACCUCACCAACGCUCGUACCUCAGUUGCCCGAGCCUUUGCCACCAUUCCCUAGUACUUCUACUACUCAGGAAGAGCUUGCAUUCUUUGACAAAGCCAAGAAACAGAUUGGAAACCGGACUAGUUACAAUGAGUUUCUGAAACUCACCAACCUCUACACUCAGGACUUGAUCGACAAAUAUACCCUGGCCGACAGAAUGGGGUCAUUCAUCGGGGGCAACGCCGAUCUCAUGAACUGGUUCAAACACUGGCUUGGUGUUGAGGAACAAGAGGAAAUCAUCGAAGCUCGCAUCCGACCAGACCCUGGCCGAGUUAAUCUUUCUCAUUGCCGCGCAUUGGGCCCUAGUUAUCGCCAUUUGCCGAAACGCGAACAAAACAAGCCUUGCAAAGGCCGGGAUGGCAUGUGCUACGAAGUACUGAACGACGUCUGGGCGUCUCAUCCCACUUGGGCAUCUGAGGACUCUGGAUUCGUUGCGCAUCGCAAGAAUCAGUACGAAGAAGCCUUGCACCGCAUCGAAGAAGAGCGACAUGACUAUGAUUUCCACAUCGAGUCAUGCCAGCGCACCAUCCAACUUAUGGAACCCAUCGUCCAGCAAAUCGGUGUCAUGAGUGAAGCAGAUCGUGCCGCAUUUAUCCUGUCGGAAGGUCUCGGCGGUGCGAGUGCAGCCAUUCCUAAGCGUAUCAUUAUGAAGGUGUAUGGCCGUGAAGUUGGAGCUCGGGUCAUGGAAGAAAUGUUUGCACGUCCGACAGCGGUCCUUCCAAUAGUCCUUGGAAGGCUCAAACAGAAGCUUGAAGAGUGGAAACAAGUCCAGCGAGAAUGGGAGAAGGUUUGGCGCGAUCAAAUCCAUAAGCAAUUCUGGAAGAGUCUUGAUCAUCAAGGCAUCAACAACAAGAAUCUGGAUAAGAAGGCCUUCCAGCAGAAGUUCUUGACGAGUGAUAUACAGGCCAAGUAUGAAGAAGCCAAGAAGAACCGCGAGAAUGGCGUCACUACGAAACGGCAUCAACUUGAAUAUGCAUUCAAUGAUCUCGAUGUUGUUCUCGAUGCAUCACGCCUGAUACUUGUCUCAUUGGAAGCCGGCAACGCACAGUACAACAGCGGCGAACAGGAGAGGAUCCGUGGCUUUCUGACUGAUUUUGUCGUAAGAUUCUUUGGCCUCGACCCCGAAAAGUUUCACGAACAAGUGGAUUUUGAAGGUCUACGCAGUCGUGAAAAUGACGACCUCAUCGAUGGUCAUGAGAGCGAUAGCCACCCGCCUACCAAAGGUAAAACUCAGCGCAAGUCAGACUGGCUUAGGAGGCUGGCACUUGAACGCAGACACGGCAAAGAGGACAGUAUCGCAUCGGGCAGCAAAGAAUCAACUCCAAUGCCGGGAGCACUCAGCGAGAUGGAAGUUGACGAUGAUGCCCCGAUUUCAGAUAUCAUGGACUCGCCCCAACGUCCUUGGAUCAACGUUGCCAACAACGAUUUUUCUACUCGACACCUGGCAAUGGACGAACCCUACCCGCACACAACCUUCAAUCUCUAUGCCAACGCUAAUAUCUACUGCUUCUUCCGACUUUUCGAGACAAUGUACAGCAGAUUACUUGCCAUCAAGAAUAAUGAGCCAAACGUGCAAGAAGCGGUGGCUAGAUAUAAAGGCAAAGGCGGAAAAGUGAAGCCCGCGAUCGAUCUUCGCAUGAUCGAUAAAGGACCAGACUAUUUCUUCUUCAAUAUCGAGGGAAAGCAAAAUUACUAUAAUCAGAUCCUACAGAUGUGUGAAGAAAUCCUUCUCGGCAACGGGGAGCUUUCUCAUCUUGAAGAGACGCUGCGACGAUAUUACAACAAAAGCGGGUGGCAGCUGUACGGAGUCGAUAAGCUUGUUGCAGCUAUCCUACGCUUCGUCAUGAAUAUUCUUGGUGGGGAUGCUAAGGACAAGAGUGUCGAGAUCACCAAUUUAUUCAUGAAAGAUCGCGAACGGCCGGACACGACUCGAAAACAAGAAAUACAGUACCGCAAGCAGGUCGAGCGACUGUGCAAAGAUGCCGAGAUCUACCGCAUCAGCUAUACGCCUAACGAUAGGUUUUGCACUAUCCGCCUGUUUCCGUCAGAAGACGCCACCUUUGAUAGCGAUACCUUGUCCGACGAUGCUCGCUGGCAGUAUUAUGUCGCAUCGUAUACCAUGACCGAUGCUACUGAAGGCAUAGACCAGUCGCGCAUGCGCUCGCCCUACGUGAAGCGUAACAUUGCUCCUCAGAAUGCCAAUAUUGAGGCGGCAUAUGAAGAAGCCUACGGCGAUCUUGACCACACCGAUGAGCAAACAGCCUUCAUCAGCCCGGAAUCAUACAAGCUCCUGCUUCAGAACGAGUUUGGCUUCGUGCAUCGAGGGGCUGUCGAGAAAGCAAGCUCUGCUGAAUCAAAGGCACACGAGAGUGAACGAUUCAGGGAGAAAUUUGUGCGUAACACGGCAUGGAUGAAAGACCAGAGAGCCGAAGAUGUGGAACGAAGGAAAGCUGCUUGGGAAAAGGGCGUCAAAGAAGGAUUCCUCAAUAAUGAAGAGUGACGCCAUGUACAUGAAUGACACCACAAAGAGGGACAAAUGGGAAUGGUUUAUUGCUUAUCAGUUGAGACAGGUGUUGCACUGGGUAACGACUGGAUGGCUCUACUGGCUCAGCAGAAAUGUCUUCGAAUAAGCCUAUAAGGCUGGGUUUGCAGUAAACAAUAGUGAGGGCGAUUCUAGAACAACGUACAAACAAGCACAACAUUAGAAUUGGUGCAGCGAUUAUCAGAAAAUGACAGUUUGACAGAUGCCGGUUGUUGUUGUGACUUCGGAAAGACCUUGCUCGACAGCAGAUGACGUCGGAGGCACAGAUCGUCCUAGGCUGUAAGAAGGAUCGAUGAAGAGUCUUCGUGUCCCGUCAAGCCACUGACGGAUCAGGCUGACUUUUUUCGAAAGAAGAUAAUGACGAGCACACAUAUUUCUGGUCCAAGACACGGUGCAGAUAUGGCCGUGCGUUGUCAUGAUAGUGAAAUACUUGAGACUCUCCCUUGUAA